AUGGAUCCUGGGAAGGAAAAGUGGUUCAACAAUGCCCUUCAGGUGGUCAGUUUCAAGAUAGCCCUACGGGGCUUCGAAAGGCUGGUGGAACUUACAGCAGCCCAGAAAAAAGAUGAAAGAGCAGGCUUGUUUACCCAAAAAGAAGAGGUGAUGAACUAUGAGAAGUUCUUUGCGGCGGUCCAGGAGCUUUUCGGUCUGGAGGUGAAGAAUCAAGACGUGAAAUGCUUCUACAGGAAACUCUGCAACAACCCCGAUGCGCCCACGGACUGGUGUGAGAUCUUUGGAUAUUACUCCUCCGAAGAAGAUCCUCUUACUUCCCACAUGGACGAAGAAAAUUUGGUUUUCCUUGUGUCUAGAAAACAGCGAGUCGUAAUUACAGGGAGCCGGAGACGGGAUGUGGUGAAGUGCAUGGUCAAGAUCCCCCAGUUGGAUUUGCUAAUCGCAGCUUCUCAGAGAGGAUUGAUCACGGUCUUUAACAACCAGGACACCUCCUGGAUCACGGGCUGCGACUACCUCUCUCAGCUGAAGCGCAUCGUCGCCACCACGGAAAGGACCAUCAUUGUCUGGGAUUAUAAAGCCCAAGGGAGCAGCCAGGAAAACUACUUCGUCAUAAAGCCAAUGGACCACUGCCUCCUGUGCGUGUGUGUGGUGCCCCUGUCGGACCAGCUCUGCCGAGAUGACAUCCUGCUGGGAGACGACGGUGGGUUUGUGAACAAAUUCACUGUGAAUACGGAAGACUUUGGGUUAAAGCAGACAAAGACCAAAAAGAAAUUACAAAGUCAGGUCUUAGACUCCAAGGACUUCAAAAGUGUUAAAAGGAAGCUACAUAAUGACUGGGUUAUGAAAAUUAGAUUUAUUACAACCCUAAAUUGCUUUGGAUCCUGCUCCUUAGACAGUGUUCAUUCAUUAGUUUUGGAAUCCUUGAAGCGACUUGAGGAUAAUGCGCCUGUCAGAGAGUUUUCCAUGCCAAGAGGAGCGAACACUUUCUGCUACUGUAUAAAAGCCAAUGUCAUUGUCACCGGAGGAGAUGACAAGGUGCUCCGGCUGUGGCACCCCAACAUCAGCACCAAGCCCGUGGGGAAGCUCGUGGGGCACAUGUUCAGCAUCACCGAGAUCGUCACCAACGAGAAGGACCAGCUGGUCAUCAGCCUCUCCUCGGCCAAGGUGUUCCGGGUGUGGGACAUACAGACUCUGUCACUGUUGCAAGUCUUCCAUGACAGCCAGGGCGGCCCCGGAGACAUGCAGAUCUACUCCAUGAUCUAUGACGCCAACCACGGCAUGCUCAUUGCGGGGUCUACUGUUAUUGACAUGUACCCUUUGACUCGGAUGAUACAAGAUACAAAACAGGUUCCUCACACGCAUGAGCGAGAAAUCAAUGUCAUGCUUCACAACAAAUACUUCCACCAAGUGCUUACCAUCUGCUCCGAGUCCAUCAUUAAGGUGUGGGAACUGGAGACUGGCCUCCAAAUAUACCAGAUUCUAGACCCUCAUGGCUUCAAUACCGAGCUGACUUCCGCAGCCAUCGAUGACAGUGGAUAUCUUUUUGCCACCGGAGCGUAUAACGGAACCGUUAAGAUCUGGGACUUCGGCAGCGGGCAGGAGAUGAAGGUGCUGCCCGAGGGCAAGGACUGGAAGGAGGAGGAGCACUGGGUGAAGCGCCUGGUCUUCCUGAAGGUGCAGGAGAAGCACCAGCACCUGCUCCUCGCCCUGGAGCACAGCGGGAAGAUCAAGAUAAUGCAGGGUAAAGAAAACGACAUUUGUCUCGCUGUGGUAUGGGAACUGCCUGAUGUCAUGCCUGUCCUACGAGAUGGCUAUCACACCGUGCGCUUGAAAACGUUCACUAAAGACAGGAGCGCGCCCCUUCCCUUCCCACAUGUUAUAUUGGUAACCGAGAAAACCCAGCCACAGCUUGUUCCUAGUCCAGGGGCCAGUACAGACGUGAACUGCAUUGAUAUAUUGCAAGUAGAAGGAUUUAAUUUGAUAGCCAUUGGGACCUUAAAUGAGGGACACGUUAUCCUUUGCAGUGUUGGUUCCUUCCUGGAUCCACCUCAUGAUGAAAAGAAAUUCAAGCAGCUGCUUGCCUGGCGUGCUCAUUCUUUAGAAAUUGUUCAAGCGAUCUACGUAGAAGACAAGCAAGUGGUGCUGACUGCUUCUGUGGAUGGCUCAGUGAGGCUCUGGCAUGCCCUCAAUGGCCAUUACUGUGGGUAUUUUGGACAGCGAAGACCCUUUGACCUAGCACAGACAACCGAUUUCAUUUUGCCUUGUGAUGUUAGUGAGUACCCCGUAGAAAUAAAAGAAGAGAGCAAGUUCACAGAAAGUAAACAAAAAUAUGACUACCCUCUGGUAUUUGACCGGCAAAGAUGGCAGAGACUGAGCUCCAUGGCUUUGCUUUUCAAGCGGACACCUUCCAAGCCCUUUAAAAUAGAGCAUGAUUUUAAGUUUUUCAAGUCUCUUUCUUCUCCCAAGAUUCUCAAGCACCCCUUGGAAAGCUUCAUGACUGAAAACAAGGAGGCGGGGAUUGUUUUUGGGUCUCUGCCUAUAUACAGGGUACCAAGCCCUACUAGUCUGAAGUUCCUUCCACUCAUUGGCUCAGAGGUCCUAAAGGAGUCUUCUGACGGCAUUCCAGGAAAGAAGAAGACAGGUCAUGUUCAACAUGAGAAAUUCCUGCGGAGGAAAAGUCUGAAGAGGAAUUUGGUCCCGCAGAUCAACCUGUCGCCUUUCUUCUUCCCAGUCAUCCCCAAAUAA